UUAGUGUCAAACAACAAGGCUGUCAGUUUGAAGCAUGUCCAUCCGUCAAAUUGACAAGUAAUGUGAUCCUAGUGUCACGCAUCAUAGUGAGUUCUGCACUUUCUCCUAAAUAUUAAUGUAUUAAAUUUAUUCUUGUUAUCAAAAAAAGUAAAAAAACAAACAUACUGAACAACAUACGGACUUUCUACAUACUACUACUUGAAGAUUCACAUCGGAUCUGACCUCAAAAUAGGCCAGAGCAAUUCAAACUGCCGACGAAGAUAAUAAUAUAGCGAUGGACCUUCCCGACGUCACAGAUAUCUUGCAAGAGACUGAACAGGUACUUAAAGAAUGCUUCACAAAAUACAAAAUCGACGAAGUUUUCCUUUCAUUUAACGGCGGCAAAGACUGUACAGUGCUACUAGACUUGACAAUAAACGUGUUGCGUGAUAUUUACAAACGCGAAGACAUCGGUAGUGAACUCAAAAUUGUGUAUAUACGUACAAAGGGACCGUUUAGAGAAAUCGAAAGUUUCGUGAAAGAAAUCGAAGAACAUUAUGGUGUUAAUUUGAUAGUGACUGAAGGUGAACUGAAGUUGACGCUGCAGAGGUUGUUGGAGCAGGACAGUCGGCUGAAGGCGUGUCUCAUGGGGACCAGGAGGACAGACCCCUACAGCGAGAACUUAAAGUUUAUGCAGACUACGGAUCCAAGCUGGCCACAGAUAAUCCGAGUGUCCCCGUUACUGAACUGGACCUACCAUCAGAUAUGGAGUUAUACCCUGCAGCAGAGAGUGCCUUAUUGUAGCUUAUAUGAUAAAGGAUACACAUCAAUAGGCAGCACAGACAACACAUGGCCGAACCCCGCAUUAGCACACAAGGACAAAUACGGCGCCCUUACGUACUUACCAGCUUGGCAGCUAUCCGAUGCGUCGCUAGAGAGGGCUGGCCGCGGCUCAUCGCCUAAGCUACCCGUCAAUGGACACGAAUACAACCACAACAGUCACUUGACAAACGGCAUUGAUAGCAAUCAUAUAACAAAUAGUGAUCAUAUACCUCCUUCCUGUGUAUAGCAAAUACUUAAUAGUUAUAAUAAUUACUAAAUUAGCUACGGACGUGAUAUAGACAGGUACAAAUAAUGUUUUAAAUGAUUUCUAUGCAAGUAACACGGGGUAAAUUGAGACUUCAGUUUUCUUUGAGAAAUUAGGUUAGAAAUUAUUUCACUUAUUUAUUUUUUCCUUGUUGGUAAGAACCAUCAUAUUGUCUAAGUUUACCCUGUGUCAACGAUACCAUAGAUAAAGUCAGCAAAAAAAAGGAUAAAUACAUUUUUGUUUCUACAUUUUAAAAAUAUUAAACAAUUUUUCUACCAACACAUGGUCGGUAGCUGACGACAUAAUCACGUCAUCCCUAGUUCGAAUUUAAUAUCUAGUAAUAAUUUAUUAGGUCAUCUUAUAAUGACCAGAUAACACGGCUAUUACAUUAUUUUAAAAAUAAAGUUGAACUUGAACCCCUUAUUGCAUAAAUAUUUACAAAAAGAUAAUCAUAAAUAGUAGAACUACAAAUUAUCGGCAAAAAAAAUACAGUAAUCGAAAAAAACCUAAACCGAUGGUCGUAAUUACUAAGCCAUUAACUUAAUUAACAUAAACACAUUAAUUUUUAACAAGAAACAUUCUUAAGAAAAAAAUAUCUCAUGAAACAAGCGCGAAGCGUUAAUGUCACACUACAGCACAAUAAUUUUUAAGUUAUUAAGAAACACACGUCAUCUGUACAAUAAAAUGAAAACAAAAGAAACCCAUAAAUACUUAAGUAUGCACUCUGCAUUUGUACUAAGGCUCUAAAGUCUUUAAAUUACAAAUGACGUGGUCCUUGCCUUCGCUCGGCUAUAUAACCCAUUUAAAACUGAAAUGACCGUCAUAAUAAUACAUUCAUACAAAUACAAUACACUGUCUUUUAGCUACGAUUUGACAAACUCGCUCAGCGGUUAUCUUUCGUACGCUAUACCAAAUUGCGGUCAAAAGUACCUAAUUAACCUAAAAUCUUAGUUUAAUAGGCCAAUUGCUAUACUAAAAAUCAUUUCAACUCGGCUUUGCGCACGACGUCAUGUGUGUGUGACCUUUGUUAAUAUACAAUGAUGUCCAUUUGUUUGCCACGCACACAUUCAAAUCUCAAUAAUUGAACAUAGGACUCAGUCCCACACACACAUAGCGGCGCACGCGCAGAUGAGUUGAACUAUCUGUACCAUUUAAUAUUCGUUUACUAUUUACUUUAUUAUUUAUUAAUGGAGAUUUUAAAUGGCAUAUUAAAUGACUACUAAUUAGGAACGGAAGUUUUAAAUGGCAAUUCAAAUUACUAUUCAUUCUACAUAUUUAAAUUAUGAAUGACAAAUCAGAUGGAUUACAUUACAAUUCUGUCUCAUGAAACUAAAUUAUUUAUCUCUAACAUCUCGAAUUUAAAUAGUAAUGGUAUAAUUAAAAAUAUUGGCGCUUUAGUUAUCUUUUAAUCACAUUAAAGUACUUAACAUAACAAAUAAAAUUACUUAUCCCAACAAUCUGACUUAAUCAGUUUUUAGAAUAUUGUUAAAAUUUAUUUUAUAUACUUAAGAAUUGAAUUGAAAAAAAGUUUUCUGCAAUUACUUAAGGACACUUUAUUUACUGGAUACUGUAAUUACCAAACAUACCUAUGAAAAUUGCAUAAGUGCCGAUCAAAAAAUAUUUUUUAUGCAUGUUUUAUUUAUUUAUUAUUUUAUGAACAACACACUGCGCACAAUGACAAACUAACCUGGCUAAAAGACCAAAAAUCGAUGAAAGCGCUUAUUCAUUUACGGCUGCUUUUUAAAAGUCUAUCAUCCAGACUGCCUAAGCUUUUAAAUGUAUACUUUAAGACCUAAGCUUUAAAGUAGAAAUUAACGUAGCAGAGUAUUGGACAUACAAAGCUAGUUGAUACAAAGCGUGGCGAUAUAAAAGCGCUGUCGUCUGAAAAUACAAUUUAUAAUUCAAAAUUCAAAUUGUGCGAACUUGGUCUUACAAGGCGUAUGUGGUAACUUUUUGAGUAGAAUAUUUUUUCUGAAACCAGGUGUUAUGUUGUAUAAUUUGUAAAUAUGUUCGUAAUUAUUUUAGUUGUU